AUGUCGCUGCCAUCGCUGCCUGAUCGCCAACCCAUGGACCAUUCCGACGGCUCUUCGAACAGUUCGCCAGAUACUUGCCCUGAGAUUCGCAGUCGAAGCAACAGCCGAGAAGAGAGCCAACAACCGCCUCCUCAGCCUCGCAAACCGAUCCCGAGGAAGGGCCACACCAAGUCUAGACGAGGCUGCUACAACUGCAAGCGACGUAGAAUCAAGUGUAAUGAGAAACAUCCGGAAUGCAACCACUGCAUCAAGGCAGGGUUACGCUGCGAGUAUCCAGCAAAUAUCAUUCAGACAACGCAGCGAUCACAGCUGUCUCCAAAUCCCCAGGAGAUGGUGAAUUUGCGCUCAACGCCUGGCGUGUUCACUAUGGCGGAUAUGCGCCUGUUCCACCACUUUUUGAUCACGGCGUAUCCUCAUCUGCCGGUAGGAGCGGACAAGAUAUGGAUCACCGUGAUACCAAGCUUCGCACACAAUUAUGAGUACCUGAUUCAUUCGAUUCUCGCACUGGCGGCAUCGCACCUGGACGCAGUGUCAAGUGCCAAUGUUGCUGAAGAGGCUAUAUCGCAUCGGAUACUGGCAGUCAAGGCAUUGAACGAAGCGCUGUCAGUGCCGCCGAAGACGAGGAACGAGCGUGAUGCGAGAAUGGCGGCGGCGUUGGCACUCGCAUUCCAGUCAAGCCAUCUUCAGGAUGGUCUCCUAGAGUUCCUGACCAUGGUGAGGGGUUGCAAUCUAAUCGCCUUGGAGGGCACGCUGGACACCGUCGAUUCGGCCUUUCACGCAUUUCGGGAAGAUGGGCAUCUUGCGACGAUGCGAACACGUAUGUGCGCGUCGCAGCAGAAUUUUGUGGACCGAGAUGACCUGGAUCUUGCCGCUUUAUCGAUCCACGAUAUCGAGUUGCUCAAUAUGACCGACUGGGAGAGGAUGUUCUGGGAUGCGUUGAUCCGAACAGUGGAGAACGCCUACGACAGACCGAUCCAAGCGUAUACUACUUUUGUCCAACUGUAUAACAUCCCAUCGCGAUGGACGCACGACGAGUUUCAGUCUUUCAUCGAUCCAAAUAAUAGUGUCGCUCAGAUUCUGUUAGGCCAUUUUAUCGCGCUGCAAGCUGUGUUGACGCCGAUUUUGAUGCUCGAAAGGGUAGGAUUCCAGGGUAUCGAUGCACCAACCUCCGUGCUAGGAUGGGUCGACGGAAUUUACAAGAACGUGCCUCCUGGGUUGAGACAUUAUAUGGAGUGGCCCAGGCAGGUGACGCGGUAUCCAAUGAUGAGGUUCUAUGGGCAGAAGCACCUAGGUUACUACGAGUGA